AUGCAUGACACAGAAUACAUGGAACAGAGGAAUAAUGUAACUUACUUUGUCCUCUUGGGCCUCACACAGAAUCCAAAGGAGCAGAAAGUACUUUUUGCUAUGUUCUUGCUCUUCUACAUCUUGACCAUGGCUGGAAAUCUCCUCAUCGUUAUGACCAUAGCCUUCAGUAAGACCCUGGGCUCACCAAUGUACUUCUUUCUUGCUAGCUUAUCAUUUAUGGAUGCCAUUCAUUCAUCAGUCACUUCGCCAAAAUUGAUUGUGGACUUGUUCUUUGGGAAAAAUACCAUAUCUUUUAAGUUUUGUAUGACUCAGCUUUUUACAGGACACUUUUUAGGUGGAUCAGAGGCCUUUCUUCUGUUGGCGAUGGCUUAUGACCGCUAUGUGGCCAUCUGUAAGCCUUUGUAUUAUUUGCUUAUCAUGAGGCCAUGGGUGUGUGUUGUGCUGCUGGUAGUUUCCUGGGUUGGAGGAUUUCUGCACUCCAUAAUUCAACUAAGCACCAUUUAUGGACUCCCAUUCUGUGGCCCCAAUGUUAUUGACCACUUUAUAUGUGACAUGUAUCCCUUAUUGAAACUCAUCUGUGUUGACACCCAUGUCAUUGGCCUCUUAGUGAUGGCCAAUGGAGGACUCAUCUGCACAACUGUGUUUCUGCUCUUACUCGUGUCUUAUGCCAUUGUCUUGCACUCUCUAAAGAACUUGAGUCGAGAAGGGAGGCGGAAAGCUCUCUCCACCUGUGGUUCCCACAUCACUGUGGUUGUCUUCUUCUUUGUUCCCUGUAUUUUCAUAUACACAAGACCAGCCAAGACUUUCCCCAUUGACAAGUCAUUGAGUGUGUUUUACACAGUCAUAACCCCCAUGCUAAACCCCUUCAUCUACACUCUGAGAAAUUCAGAGAUGACAAAUGCUAUGAAGAGACUCUGGGGAGGAAAAUUCAUAUCAGAUAGAAAAUAA